GUGAGAAUGCGGUCCAGGUGCAGCACAGCCAUGGAGGGCCCAGACGGAAGACAGAUAAACCAGGUCACCCAGCCCACCAAAGCCUUCACCAAAGAGGAGGGGGAGAACACACCAGAGCUGGUGAAGAGGAAAAUGAAGGUCCAGCGGGCGGAGAAAGAGAAAGAGGGGAAGACAGUGGUGUCUGGAACAGUGAAAAGGCCCCAGAGAACCACAGAGAGCAGUAGAGGACAAAAGAAGGCAGCAGGGCUGACAGAUCUCUCUAAGGAGGACCUUCUCCGUCUGCUGGGAGUCAUGGAAGGAGAGGUGCAGGUGAGAGGUUCUCCACUGACACUGGGCUGCUGUGUGCUAGGUAACUGCUAACAUUGUGGUCAGUGGUUUGGGUUAUAUUUGGCAGGUGGUAACAUCUCAGCCUCUCAUCAUCUCAGCCUCUGUGUCUGGCUUGACAUGUUACUGUAACCAGGAGUGCGUAACCCAAGAGUCACGAUGCUGACUCACUGCUGUUGAGAGUCAACCUAAGUGUCAGCAGCCAUUAACUCUGGUCCCUUCCCACGCUGCCCCACUCAAACAGGGAAAUGGUUCCAAUCGUUUUUCCACCAUUAAUUUUUCCCAUUGGGGAUUUUAGAAACACUUAAAAUAAGGGCUGUGUUUCAUGUAGGCUUACCCUGGCGUGACGUUUUGAUAACCAUGUCUCUCGGACAAGGUGAAACGCUAAUUAGCUGCUAAUGUGGCUAUCAUACAGAACUACAAAUACCAUGAUGAUCUGGACGAGACUGCCUACUCGAGGCAAAGGUAAGUAUCUCUGGAUUAACUAUCUAAUGUUAGCUAAAUGUAGUAAUGAAUAAAUUGGCUACAUUUCUUUAAAUUGACAAUUCUGUGAACUGUCUUGGGCAAGUUUUAAAAUGACACAAUACCUGUUAGCAAAGGUGUCAGCUAGAGAUGACGUGCAGGAGCUUGCAGGGAUUUGUAGUUUUGCAUGAUGUCUACUUUGAUGCUAAGAGUAAAUAUCAAUCAAUCAAUCAAUUUUAUUUUAUAUAGCCCUUCGUACAUCAGCUAAUAUCUCGAAGUGCUGUACAGAAACCCAGCCUAAAACCCCAAACAGCUAGUAAUGCAGGUGUAGAAGCACGGUGGCUAGGAAAAACUCCCUAGAAAGGCCAAAACCUAGGAAGAAACCUAGAGAGGAACCAGGCUAUGAGGGGUGGCCAGUCCUCUUCUGGCUGUGCCGGGUGGAGGUUAUAACAGAACCAUGCCAAGAUGUUCAAAAAUGCUCAUAAGUGACAAGCAUGGUCAAAUAAUAAUCAGGAAUAAAUCUCAGUUGGCUUUUCAUAGCCGAUCAUUAAGAGUUGAAAACAGCAGGUCUGGGACAGGUAGGGGUUCCAUAACCGCAGGCAGAACAGUUGAAACUGGAAUAGCAGCAAGGCCAGGCGGACUGGGGACAGCAAGGAGUCACCACGGCCGGUAGUCCCGACGUAUGGUCCUAGGGCUCAGGUCUCUCAGUUGGCUUUUCAUAGCCGAUCAUUAAGAGUUGAAAACAGCAGGUCUGGGACAGGUAGGGGUUUCUUAACCGCAGGCAGAACAGUUGAAACUGGAAUAGCAGCAAGGCCAGGCGGACUGGGGACAGCAAGGUGUCAGCAUGCCCGGUAGUCCUGACGUAUGGUCCUAGGGCUCAGGUUCUCAGAGAGAAAGAGAGAACGAGAGAAUUAGAGAGAGCAUACUUAAAUUCACACAGGACACUGGAUAAGACAGGAGAAGUACUCCAGGUAUAACCAACUAACCCCAGCCCCCCGACACAUAAACUACUGCAGCAUAAAUACUGGAGGCUGAGACAGGAGCGGUCCGGAGACACUGUGGCCCCAUCCGAAGAAACCCCCGGACAGGGCCAAACAGGAAGAUAUAGAGCCAAAUAUAUUGAUAAGUCAACUUGUCUGAGAGAGAUUUACACGGUUAUCAAAACUUCACGCCAGGGUAAGCCUUACCAAAACACAGCCCUUAUUUUAAGUGUUUCUAAAAUCCCCUAUGGGAAAAAUGAAUGGUGGAAAAACGAUUGGAACCAUUUCCCUCCAGCUAGGUUUUAUUGGUAUUAUGACGUCUAUUGUGGGGCUCUAUGGAGGGAGUGAUGCUGCUGCCAUCAGUGCACCCUCAUCCCUUUCGCCAUCCAGCUUUAGGCAUGUUGAUGACUUUGCAAAGUUGCAACUUGGGAUAAACAACAACACAUGUCCUCCUCCUACACCUUAUGUUGAAAUCCAACAUGCUCUGAAUGUCUUAUCAACACUGAAGAAUGGUCUUGUUCAUGCUAAAUUACUUGCUAAUGAUAUUAUAGUACAGUGGUAUGACAAUAAUUCAACUCUAUUAAUCAUUUAUAUAGAGUGAGAUAAAGAAGGGUAUUGUGUCCAUCUCCAUGCAGGAAUGUUUAACUGUGUCCCAAAUGGCACCCUAUUCCCUAUAUAGUGCACUACUCGGAGCUGGGCAUAUGGGGGCAGUUUGAGAAAAAACCUGUGUUAUGGAUUGCAUUUGUAUGAAAGGAGACACUCAGGGGUCUCACUGAGGAGAACAGCACCCCCCUGUGGGGAGAGUUGAGCUAACAGUGCAGGUUUGAGCAAAAACCAACAGGAGGGUAGCUCUCCAGGAACAGGGUUGGCGAGCCAAACUGCACUUUUAUCAAUCAUUUAAAAAAAUAAUUUCCUGUCACGGAGCUGGCCGUCACUCCACACACAUAAGAAGUUAAAAUACAACUAGACUGAAAAGUAAUCAAAAAAAGUAUACAUCUUUAUUAAAAACAGAUGGGAUCACAGAGGAUAAAACUCUGUCUAGCCUCUUACCACAUUGUCAAAAUCUCCCCAAACUGCUCUCAACCUCCAUUUUAAAGGAGAAACACAAUCAGGUGUGGACAAUAACCAAUUAGGGGUGUGGCCCACACACCUGCAUACAAUUAACUAGACCAGACAAUUAACCAAACAAACUGAAGGAGAUGUAGUUGAUAGAUUAAGUGCACUUAUAUGGCUAAAGUAUGGAAUAAUGGUAAACCUGGGCCAAGUUCAACAAAUAUAGUUAACAUAACACAUUUAAAACAGUUAAAGGGGGAAAUUGUGUCCUAGUGAAGAUAGUAUCAUCAAAUUUCCCAACUUAAAAACAAUAACAACCUCCAAGUGUCACUACUCACUACUGUCAAUUUGAAGUGGUUCAAAUGUCAUUGAGAAUAAAGAAGGUAAAAGAAAGAUAAACAUAAUGUUCUUGACUUUAUCUCUGUUUAAAUGGUUCUUAGGUGACCUAACAUGUCCCCCUGCUACUUGUGUCCGUAGGCCAGAGAGGAUAUCAUCCACAUGCUGAAGUCAGAGCGUACGCGACCCGAAGCCCUGGAGGCCCAUUACGGCUCAGCUGCCCCCAUCAAACCCCUCCAGGCCCUGCAGAGAGACAGCCUUCUGACCAACACUACAAUGCUAGGGGACAACGUCUAUGAGAUGCCCAUGCAAGAGGUGAGUGGCGCAGUGGUCUAAGGCACUACAUCGCAGUGCUAGCUGUGCCACUAGAGAUCCUGGGUCGAAUCCAGGCUCUGUCGUAGCCGGCCGCGACCGGGAGACCCAUGGGGCGGCACACAAUUGGCCCAGGGUAGGGGAGGGAUGUAACUCAGUUGGUAGAGCAUGGCGUUUGCAAAGCCAGGGUUGUGGGUUCGAUUCCCACGGGGGGCCAGUAUGAAAAAUAAAAUAACAAAUAAUGUAUGCACUCACUAACUGUAAGUUGCUCUGGAUAAGAGCGUCUGCUAAAUGACUAAAAUGUAAAAAAAUUUAAUAGACAGCCUGGUCUCAUAGACUAGACAUAACAUAGUAAAUGUAAAUCCGGGACACUCAAAGUAUGUUGUGUCUGGUAUGCUUACAUAAGACAGAAGUUUUUAAAGGAUAGUGGUUGGUCAAAGGUUGCGUGUUCGAAUCUCAUCACAGACAAUCUUAGCUAAUCAGCAACUAGUGACUACUUUUUAGCUUCUUUGCAACUACUUAGCAUGUUAGCUAACCCUUCCCCUAACCUUUUAACCUAAUUCCUUACCUUAACUAUGUUACGUCUACCUCCGAGUCCAGGUUGCUAUAGAAGUUCAUAUCAAAAUAAAUACUAUACUAUAGAUCGCUAUACAGUGUUGAUAAAGAGGUAAAUGUUUGUAACUAAUAUACUGGAUAGAUACCAGUGUAUGAAUGACUCAGACAUUGUGUGCGCCCCAAAUGGCAUUCUAUUCCCUAAUAGCGAAUAACUUUAUAUCAUAUGGGCCCUGGUCAAAAGUAGUGCACUAUAUAGGGAAUAGGGUGCCAUUUGGGAUGAAAACAUGGUGGUUGUCAUUGAAAACCCUCUAAUAUGUUGAUCAGUUGGACCGGCUGGAGGACAAGCAUCGCGAGACGUACAGGCGUAUGCUGGAACAGCUGCUGCUGGCCGAGAAGUGUCACCGCCGCACGGUUAAUGAGCUGGACAGCGAGAAACGCAAACACACAGACUUCAUGAACAAGAGUGAUGACUUCACCAACCUGCUGGAGCAGGAGAGGGAG